AUGUAUUUCGACAAAGGCUGUUACAGGUUCUUGCUGACUUCGAUCGAGUGUUUCAUUAGAUUCAUUGUAAACGCUAACUGGAUGGAAGAUGCCAUCCCUCUUGUUCUACUGAUUACUGUCAUUGCCACAUUUGGAGUGUUUGGGUAUGUUUUCAGAUUUGAUUUCAAAGCAGACUACAAUCUAGGCAGAGAGAGGAACUUCCAGCAGGUUUUCGGAUGGGGACUGUGGAUGUUUCCUUUAAGAACUAGUCUCGAAGAUGGAAUGCACUUCGAAAUACGGUAA